AUGAGAUUCUGUGGAUCAAAAUUCUAUACUUAUGAAAAAGCUGAUGUUGGACUUAUAUCAAAGGAAGGAGAAAGGUUUUUUGUAGAAAACUACGGUAAACAUGAUACGAGUUUCGAUUUUUGCAGAUUUGAAUGUAAACCAGAAAAAUCGGAAAUUGUUCGAGAAUUAAUUCGAUUGGGAGUUGUUAGUGCAAGAUCACAAAAGAGAAAUAUAAUGGUCCCAUUUUCAACAAAAACUGUUAGUUGAUCUAAAUUCCAGUCAAAAAUUCAAAAUAUCACAAAUUUUAGCUCAAACUUCUUCUUGGAUUAAUUAGUGUUAAUGAGAAUGAUGAAUGGUUUUGGCUCGAAACAGUACUUGAAGAAACAGCUGGAUUUUGUCAAAAUAAUCCGGAAAUUUGCAAUGUUUGUAAACAAGUUUGUCAGAAAAUGAUCGAAUAUUUGGAUGACUCGAAUUGUUUUUUACUUCAACGAAAAUUUGUUGAAUAUGCAUUCAACGAUUUUUCUGACAAAGCUCUCGAUUACAUAAAAUACAAUCUAGUUCGGAUGAUUGAAAAUAAGAGUAUUGAUAUUGGCUUUUAUCAAACCGAUUCGGAAGAUUUGAAAAUGUUAUUGGACGAUGAUGAUGUGAAUGUUGAUCCGGAAGAUCAGUUGUUGAAAGUUAUUGAUUCUUGGAUAGGUGAGUCAUUUUUAUAUUAACUCAAAAGUUAUAGUACAACAUAAGAAAAGAGGUAAUGGGUUACCAAAUGAAUAA